AUGUCUAAAUUCUACGAGUUGACUCCUAAGGACGCCAAGGGCAACGACUUCCCCUUCGUGGAAUUGAAGGGCAAGGUUGUCGUUAUUGUCAACGUCGCUUCCAAGUGUGGCUUUACUCCUCAGUACAAGGAGUUGGAAGAAUUGAACAAGAAAUACGAAGGCAAGAACGUUCAAAUCAUCGGUUUCCCUUGCAACCAAUUCGGCCACCAGGAACCAGGCACUGCCGACGAGAUCGCCAGCUUCUGUCAAUUGAACUACGGAGUCACCUUCCCAGUGUUGGCCAAGGUCGAAGUCAACGGCGACAACGCCGACCCAGUGUACAAGUUCUUGAAGGGCGAGAAGUCCGGAGUUUUGGGCUUGACCAGAAUCAAGUGGAACUUCGAGAAGUUCUUGAUCGACAAAAACGGUAAGGUCGUUGAAAGAUUCUCCUCUUUGGCUAGUCCAUCCAGUCUUGGUCCAAAGAUCGACCAGUUGUUGAAGUAAUUAUUGCAUUAUUGCAAUUUUACUUCACUGAGACUCCAACGUUGAAAUUGUCUCUUGAAGCUAUCAUGCGUUGAAAUCACUUCUUGAUUGUAAUUCAGUUUCUUACUGUUACUUUCUUGGUUCUAAUUUAAUUACUUAAUUGAGAAGCUACCUGUGUCCCAAAAGGGCACUGCUUCGCACUAUUUAUGUUUGCCAUAUCUAAUUAAUGCCUAUUCUUGAU